AACAGCGUGAAGCCGUGGUGCUUUGCAGUGAUUUUUUUUCCUCCGGAGGUUUUGCUGCUUAACAGCGCCUCUUAGCUGUUCAAUGUAAAUCAACGUAAAGCUCCGCAUCGAGACGCUUAUUGCUCGAUUUCGGACUUGCCUUGUAUAGUCAACAACACGGUCUCCUGCCAAACAGCCACGGCUGUCACACGCACGCGUGAAAUCUGACGUGAUGCUCUUGCCACCGUCCCAUUCAGCCGCUUGUUGGGAUCCUCCCUUCAGACAGUCGUGCGUAUGCGCUGGUAAAGAAACGACGGCAUUGUCAGAGCGGUGUUUAAACAGAAACGACCAGUUAACAGAAAUCAAUCAAUAGGUAACGUGAUCCGGGCUGAUUUCCUGCGGCAAUGUAAAGAUGGCGAGAGUGCUCCACAACUUGCUGAUAUUUUUAAUCAGUCUUGCGCUGAAAAUCAGAGUUUUGGGGUAUUGGUCAUUGAUAUACGGUUAUUGUGCUCUUUGCGCCAUCGUAGCCCUGCUGAAACUUUGGUGGAACAUCGUUUUAAGGCCGACAACAACCUUCCAAUGGGUGAUUCGUGAAACUCCCCCGGCUUGUCUGAAUGACACGUCCUUGGGAACCCACUGUUAUGUUAGGAUCAAGGAGUCUGGCCUCAGGUUCCACUAUGUUGCUGCUGGUGAGAGAGGAAAGCCCCUCAUGUUGUUUCUGCACGGCUUCCCUGAGUUCUGGUUUUCCUGGCGUUACCAGCUGCGUGAGUUCAAGAGUGAAUUUCGUGUGGUGGCCAUCGACAUGAGGGGCUACGGGGAGUCCGACCUGCCGCUCUCCACUGAGAGUUACCGCUUCGAAUACCUGGUCACGGAUGUCAAAGAUAUUGUGGAGUACUUAGGUUACAACAGAUGUUGCCUCGUUGGCCACGACUGGGGUGGGACCAUAGCGUGGCUGUUUGCGAUUCACUACCCCGAGAUGGUGACAAAACUCAUUGUUCUCAACUGUCCGCAUCCGUCUGUGUUCACAGAUUAUGCCCUGCGUCACCCGAGCCAGCUGCUGAAAUCCAGUCAUUACUUUUUCUUCCAGCUGCCCCGCUUCCCGGAGCUCAUGCUCUCCAUCAAUGAUUUCAAGGCUCUGAAGGCUUUGUUCACCAGCCGCAGCACAGGGAUCGGCAGGAAAGGCCGAUGGCUCACCGCAGAGGACCUGGAAGCCUACCUGUACGCACUCUCACAACCGGGAGCUCUAACAGGAGCCCUCAACUAUUACAGGAAUGUCUUCAGCUCCCUCCCUCUGAGCCAUAACCACGUCAGGUCUCCGGUGCUGCUGCUGUGGGGAGAGCGGGAUGCCUUCUUGGAACAGGAAAUGGCCGAGGCUUGCCGCCUCUACAUCAGGAAUCAUUUCCGUCUUAACAUCAUUUCCGGGGCCAGUCACUGGCUGCAGCAGGACCAGCCCGAUAUCGUAAACACCCUCAUAUGGACCUUCCUCAAGGAGGGCGAGGGACGUAAAAGCUACAGGAACUAAAUCCACAGCGAGGCCUCCUCCAGCACCUCUCCUCUCCCCACUCACUCCCUGGAAGCCUGGAAUGUGCCUGUGACACCAAGCAACAUAGUGAUAAUGCAAUCAUUCUUUAAAUCUUUCACGUUUCAGAUAUUUUUUAAAGAAGUCAGUCGUAAAGGAAGAAAUCAAAGCACACUUCACCAGAGAGGACACCGAACAGUACGCGUGACACAUAUUCAAGAUGUUUUUUGCACACGACAUCCGCCUUAAAGUUUGUCGGUUUCAGCAUUACAAAUGUGUGGCAGAAUCUCCUUUGUGACUUGUAUUGUGUGGUGCCUUUUUAACUUUCGAGCUGUCGCAGUGUAACGAUGUCCUGCGAGACUGGGGAUGUGGCGUCGCCUGCUAUACUUGUGUGUUUCAACGGGUCGCUCCACUCCACUUUGGGCACAGUCCUUUGGGAGGCGUAACCCUCCCACUCCUUUUAUCAGGUAGUGUUGCUGAAAAAAGCUUUUUUUCCCCCUCGAAGAUUAAUGCUCAAAUGUAGAGAAUGUUAUCUUCCUGUAUAGAAAUGUCAGUGAUGGUUGACUAUUGUACUAUUUUGUAUCUCUUCCUACACACUGCAUUUUGAAAUUCACUGAGCCAGGUCUACACCAUUUGAUUUUAUAAAUAAACUAAGUGUCAAACUGUCAGACUUCACUGCUUUUUUUAAAAAAAAGAUAAUAACGGAUUUGAAGUUAAAAGCAGAAAACCUCCAGAUGCCCCUCUGUGUGUCUGUUACUGUCUCAGAUUUAAAAAGAACUACCAGAAAUAGCAAUGGAUGCUCUGUUAAAUAUAGCACAGAGCUGAGUGGCACUGCAUAUUUAUACCUCCACUGUGUGCAAACAGAAAUGUUCAUGUGGAAAUAAGGUGAGAUGUGUUCAUCAGACAGAUAUUUACAAACCCGAUUCCAAAAAAAGUUGGGACGCUGUAUAAAUGAAAGCAGAAUGCAAUGAUCUGCAAAUCUCAUAAACCCAUAUUUUGUUCGCAAUAUAACACAGAAAACAUAUUGUGUAAACUGAGACAUUUUACUGUUCCAUAACAAGGAUUGGCUGAUUUUGAAUUUGAUGACGGAAACACUUCCUUAAAAUGUUGAGAGAAAGACAACAAAAGGCAGCGAGUGUAAGCGGUACUAAAAAGACAACUGAAGGAACAAACUGUAACAUUAUGGGCGAUCGUGGCUCAAGAGU